AUGAGCAAUAAACGGCCUUGCCCUGGUGCGUCUGCUCCAAUCGCCAAGGGUGACAAGAUUCCCGACGUGACCUUGGACAAAGGAUUCCCACCGAAAAAGGUGCCGCUUUCAGAGAUCGUUGGUGGCAAGAAGGUGGUGAUGGUGGUGCCUGGCUACCUGGCCAAGCAAGCUGAACUGAAGGCCAAGGGAGUCUCUGAUGUGAUUGUGUACUGCGUCAACGACUGCGCCGUCAUGGAUGCCUGGGGGAAGGACCAAAAGAUAGAUGGGUCCAUGGUGUCAUUUUAUGGAGACACCAGCUCUCUUCUCACGAAGGAGAUCGGCAUGGAGCUGACAGAUUCGCGUGUGAUGGAAGCGCUUGGCAAUCCACGUUGCAAGAGGCAUGCAAUUAUUGUCGAUGAUAUGGUUGUCAAAGAGGUCUUUGUUGCCGCUUCGGAAGACGAUCCCGCAGGAGAUGGGGCUCCAGAGAGCACUUUUGUAGAGAAUAUUUUGAAACACUUGUAA